AUGCCUCCCGAGGAAUCUUCGAUCCGGUCCAACACUGGGACCCAGACUCAGACUGAGACUGCAUCCAAGACUCCGACCACUCCAACAACAACUGUCGCCUCAAGUUUGAAGCAAGACUUCGAGAAGCGUCACCCGAAACUUGCUCCACAGGCGAACAUGCCUGGGAACUCGGCCCAGCACGGUGAAGGACAGUCUGCGAGUGGCCCAGCCGCUGGCAUCGUUCGCACGUAUGAAGGACAAACGGCUGGGGACUAUUCCUGGCAGACGAAUGGGGACAUCAAUAGACCAGCCGGCACGACCCCGACAUCAGUGAGUCACAGUAAGGGUACUGCAGGCGGCUAUUCUACGCAGUUCAACGGUGAUACUUGGGGCGUGAACGACACUAUCUCGAAGAGACUCGGUCAACAAAACGGGAACUCUGAUGGAAAAAAAUAG